UUUCACAGCAAGUUUCCAUUUUUAAUCCCCCAUUACUACCGAAUGACCUCAUCAAGUUUCAACAACAACAGUAUCUCAAUCUUGGUCUCAGAUGAGGAAUCCGAUGAACUCGGCCGAAAGCGAGUCCGAGCCUGGAGGAAACGCAAGAAACAUGGUCAUCAGCGACCCAGGAACGAGUUGAACCAGCGUCUCAUCCGUUUGUUCGUCAAAUACUGGAUGUUCCUCAUAUUCCUUCCUGCCGCGGUGCUGAUCAUUUUCGAGGUAACUAGCAUUGGUAGAAAACCCGGAUUGGUCGCCAACGCGGAAGUUAAUGAAGUGAAAAAACCCAAUUUGAUGGGUAACUCAGAACUUACUAAACUGAAGGAACCGACUCAAGGGAACAAAUCCGGCCGCAAUUUGAACCGGCUCGAUCCAAUCACUCAUGUUGUCGGCGGUGUUAGAGAACCUUGCUUGAAGCUCUUACCAGCUGAGGAACUUGAGCAUCUGGAUAUUCCUGACGAUGAAGAAUCUACUAGUUCUAUUCCUGUCAAAAAAUUGGUGUAUAUCUCAGACGAUGAAACGUCUUAUGGUGGGGGGAACUCUACCUUCUCUUGGCAGCGUACAAAUGGCAGUCGAUUUAAUUUAUUCACUGGAAACCAAACCUUUGAUGAGAGAGAGAGAGGUUUUAAGGUGAGUGAAACUGUUGUUCUACAUUGCGGGUUUUUUAGUCCAAAUGGUGGUUUUGAAAUAUCGGAUAGAGACAAGAGCUAUAUGCAAACUUGCAAAAUUGUGGUUUCUACUUGUGCUUUUGGAGGUGGAGAUGAUCUUUAUCAGCCUAUAGGAAUGUCACAGACAUCUCUUAAAAAGGUUUGCUAUGUUGCAUUUUGGGAUGAAAUUACGCUUGCAGCGCAGGAAUCACAGGGCAAUAAGAUCGGUGAGGAUGGACUGAUUGGAAAAUGGCGUAUUGUGAUUGUACGUAAUCUGCCUUUUGUAGACCAGAGGUUGAAUGGUAAAAUUCCUAAGAUGUUGCAGCAUCGACUCUUUCCUCAUGCAAAGUACUCUAUUUGGGUGGACUCGAAAUCCCAAUUCAGGAGGGAUCCUCUAGGUGUAGUGGAAGCUCUUCUUUGGCGUGGGAAUUCAGUUCUUGCAAUUUCGGAGCAUGGAGCUCGUAGUAGUGUCUAUGACGAGGCAAAGGCUGUCGUCCGAAAACACAAAGCUACACCAGAAGAAGUUGAGGUUCAAAUGACUCAGUAUCAUGAGGAUGGACUUCCCAAGGACAAGAGAUUUAAUGGAAAGAAAGCUCUAAAUGAAGCCUCUGUCAUUGUGAGGAAGAAUACACCUUUGACAAAUAUGUUCAUGUGCCACUGGUUUAAUGAGGUGGUUCGUUUCACUUCAAGGGAUCAAUUAAGCUUUCCAUAUGUUCUUUGGCGGUUGAAAGUACUAAAGAACAUCAAUAUGUUCCCGGUCUGCACACGCAAAGAUCUUGUUAACAGCAUGGGCCAUAUACGCAAGGCUAAGCCUUUAACAAAUUAAUCUUAUUGUUUCAGUACCACUUCAACUUCUUGAUUAUCACUUAACAGAUGCUGGGGGAAAAUGGGGAUUAUUUCAACUUUUGAUUGCUUUAUUAUCUCCUUGUAUGUUUUGUAGGUGGCAUCGGGCAACUGAGCCUACCUCCUUAUCUAUUUCUCUUUCGAGUCUUCAAUUUGUUUAUUAUUUUAUGACGAAAAGAUUCAUUAUUCUUUUGGUUAGAAGAAAUUGUUAUACCUGAAAUUUUGUAUCUUUGUAUGUAGAGAUCUGAUUGUAAGACUUUUUCUUACCUUCAUUUACUCUAGCGUUGAUUGUGUUGUAGUUUCUUGAUCACAAAUAGAUUUUUUUGUCUCUCAACUGAUCAUAUUCACAAGUUAUUCUCCACACCUGCUUACUUGAAUUCUACUAUCUAGCACCAUUGCCUAUCUAUAUAGAUAAAUAUCAUGUAGAGCGGCCGCCAAAGAUAUAGGGUUCAUUUUAGAACAAAACUUGAUCUCUUCAGUGCAUCAUAAGGUAA